UGUCUCCUCCCGCUUCUCUUGGCUGUUUGUCCCUUCAGGCCCCGGUUUCUGUGGAGCGACCCCGCCAUGGCAGCGGCGCUGACGGCUUGGCGAGCGCUGCGGCGGGUCGGGCUCGGGACUGCUACUGCCGCUCCUGCAGCCGGCUUGGGCAGGCCGCGCCGCGCCUUCGCCGGCUGUCCCCCUCCGGCCGCUUGGGUGGAGAGCUGCAGCCGCCAGGCCGUCCCUGCUAGGAGGCUCAGCACCAGCGCCGCUUUGCUGCUCGCCGCCCGUCGAUUCACAGACAAGCAUGAAUGGAUAACGGUUGAAAACAGUAUUGGAACUGUAGGAAUCAGCAACUUUGCCCAGGAGGCAUUAGGAGAUGUUGUUUAUUGUAGCCUUCCAGAAAUUGGAACAAAGUUGAACAAACAGGAUGAGUUUGGUGCUUUGGAAAGUGUGAAGGCUGCUAGUGAACUCUAUUCCCCCCUCACAGGAGAAGUAACAGAAAUUAACACUGCCCUUGCUGAUAAUCCAGGACUUGUCAACAAAUCUUGCUACCAAGAUGGUUGGCUUAUCAAGAUGACUGUGGAUAACCCUUCAGAACUUGAUGAACUCAUGAGUGAAGAUGCAUAUGAGAAAUACAUAAAAUCCAUUGAGGAGUGACCUGAAUUAAACCUAUGCAAAACACUUUCUUCACUGUAGAGUGUCCUAAAUUAGUGGUAUACUGAAGGUCCGACUCUGAACAGCUUAUCAAGGAAAUUUUCAAGGAAAAUGUGCACCCUUUGAUUCAAAUUGUGGUGAUCUAGACCCACAAGUGACUGCAAAUCAAAACAUUCACCUUUUUUUGGGUCUGCCUUCUACUAGUCAGUGUCUUGUGCGUGGUUUUUUAGUUGAAUAAAUGUAAUUAUAUGAUGUCAGAGUUUGAAGUUCAUAAUUACAUCUGGAGUAGAAUAACCUUUGUUCCUAAAAUAAGCCUAAGCAUUGAUAAAGUAGAACUCUAACAGCCUUAAUUCCAUGGCACAAACGUGCUUUUCAGCUCUGCAGGUUUUAUUUCUCUCUUCCCCCUGCUCCGGUACAGCAGUCUGCUUUCAAUCAGGUUUUAUAAUAAAACUGUAUUGUUGCCUUCAGAAUUAGAGAAGGUUGCAGGCGAUUAGAGCCAGAUCUCACAUUUUGAAGUGGAACUGUGGAGGUGUGGCCACCUUCUACAGAUAAGGUUUCUUGCUUUGCAGCAGAACAGAUAACAGAAGUUAAUAAAAAAUCCUGACUUUA